ACCCAAAAAGAGAAAGAGGCCCAAUUCAUUGACCCAACAAAACUUGCUUGGAGAAGAAGAAGCUGCACCUUUUUUCGGGUUCAAGGAGCUCUUGUGUGCUCCAUCGCGAAGUCAUCUGCGGAAUUUCCUGAUUCUCCGAGAAGAACAUCAUUUAGAGAUCAAUAUGUCUCGAAGAUAUGAUAGCCGUACAACAAUCUUCUCUCCUGAAGGCCGUCUUUACCAAGUAGAGUAUGCAAUGGAGGCUAUUGGAAAUGCAGGUACUGCUAUAGGGAUCUUAUCUAAAGAUGGGGUUGUAUUGGUUGGUGAGAAAAAAGUGACAUCCAAGCUUCUGCAAACCUCAACUUCAACUGAGAAGAUGUAUAAGAUUGAUGAUCAUGUUGCUUGUGCUGUGGCUGGUAUAAUGUCUGAUGCCAACAUCUUGAUCAACACUGCCAGGGUCCAAGCACAACGCUACACUUACGCCUACCAAGAGCCUAUGCCUGUUGAACAGUUAGUUCAAUCUCUGUGUGAUACCAAGCAAGGUUACACACAAUUUGGUGGUCUAAGGCCAUUUGGAGUCUCAUUCCUUUUUGCUGGAUGGGACAAAAAUUAUGGUUUUCAGCUUUACAUGAGCGACCCUAGUGGAAAUUAUGGUGGUUGGAAAGCUGCAGCUAUUGGUGCAAAUAACCAGGCAGCGCAGUCAAUACUUAAGCAAGAUUACAAGGAUGAUAUUGCUAGGGAGGAAGCUGUGCAGCUGGCACUCAAAGUUCUCAGUAAAACUAUGGACAGCACAAGUUUGACCUCUGAUAAACUCGAACUCGCUGAGGUUUUCCUGUCACCUUCUGGAAAAGUAAAGUAUCAAGUUUGCUCACCUGAGACGCUGACUAAGCUGUUGGUGAAGUUUGGGGUUACACAGCCAGCUACGGACAUUGCCUAGUUUGUUGGCAGUUCCAUGGUUAGUCAAGUUUAAAUUACAAUCAUUUAGUUUGGACUUUGGAUUGCCUAUGCCUUUCUGCCGAGUACACUGCAGAGGAUCUGUAAGGGAGAGAUAGGAAAAGAGAGUUGAACUCAGAUGGGAUUUCUCACCUCUCCUUUUUCUACCUCUCUUUUAUUGUCCUCUUCUGUUGCUGAGAAGAUCCAAAUCACUUUCUGUAAUGUCCAUUGAAAGGUCGAAUACUAUUCCAAAUAUGUUUUAGAACUGUGAACUUGUAAUUUGUUGGUGAUUUAAGUGGUUUUGGAUUCCAUGUUCUCGGAUUCCCGAAACUUUUUAGAUACAUAUAAUUUACUUCAUUUGGGUUUUCUCAUUUA